AUGUCUUUACAUUUGAAACCUUUACAUUUGAAACCUGUACAUCCAAAAUUGUCUUUACAUUUGAAAUCUUUACAUCUGAAAUUGCCUUUACAUUUGAAGCCUUUACAUCAGAAAUUGCCUUUACAUUUGAAACCUUUACAUCUGAAAUGGCCUUUACAUUUGGAACCUUUACAUCUGAAAUGGCCUUUACAUUUGAAACCUUUACAUCUGAAAUGGCCUUUACAUUUGAAACCUUUACAUCUGAAAUUGUCUUUACAUUUGAAACCUUUACAUCUGAAAUUCCCUUUACAUUUGAAAACUUUACAUCUGAAAUUGCCUUUACAUUUGAAACCUUUACAUCUGAAAUGGCCUUUACAUUUGAAACCUUUACAUCUGAAAUUGCCUUUAUAUUUGAAACCUUUACAUCUGAAAUUCCCUUUACAUUUGAAACCUUUACAUCUGAAAUUGCCUUUACAUUUGAAACCUUUAAACCUCAAAUUGCCUUUACAUUUGAAACCUUUAAACCUCAAAUUGCCUUUACAUUUGAAACCUUUACAUCUGAAAUUGCCUUUACAUUUGAAACCUUUACAUCUGAAAUUGCCUUUACAUUUGAAACCUUUAAACCUCAAAUUGCCUUUACAUUUGAAACCUUUAAACCUCAAAUUGCCUUUACAUUUGAAACCUUUACAUCUGAAAUUGCCUUUACAUUUGAAACCUUUAAACCUCAAAUUGCCUUUACAUUUGAAACCUUUACAUCUGAAAUUGCCUUUACAUUUGAAACCUUUACAUCUGAAAAAAAAAUUGUCUUUACAUUUAAUUAAACCGAUAUCUUGCUAA